AUGCCAAGAGGAUUUCUAGUGAAGAGGAACAUUAAAUCGUCUCCGGUAUCAUAUAGGAUUCGGAGUGAGGAAAGACAGCCAGUGCAAAUUCCUCUUUUGAGCGGGAAUGCGCGAGCAGCCGUAUGCCCACGGAGCAUUUCACAGCUAUGUCCUCAGAAAAAUAGUCCAGCACAGCUGAAGGAUGGAUUUACACAAGAUGAAAUGCUGGACACGACCCAUAGAAAGAACGAACGAGAGGAGGACGGUGUUUCAGGUACAUCCUACACUAAAGACACUUUCUCAGAGUAUAGUAUCUCUGGUUGGGCUAAUGUCUCUUACACACCCAUCAAACCUAUUGACAAGGAGCUCGAGAACGACUUCUUUGACACUUGUCUAAGGCAGUCUACUUCAGAUGAGCAUUUCGUUGCUGCAGCCUCGAUAAACCCAAUAGAGAGGCUCUUGGUUCAACCCUCUUUCUCCCCGAUGACUGCGAAGUGUGGAGGCGUUACUCGCCUGUACUCACCUUUCCACGGGAGUAAGAGAUGCGUGCCUGAUCCUGGCCACCGCAAGCAGAAGAGCGCCCCGAAGAAGUCAAAAGUAAUCAGGAAACUGAACUUCGAGGAUGAGGUGAGCACUUCCCCCGUCUUGGGUCUACGAAUUAAGGUUGAUCCCACGGAGUGCAAGCCGUCAUCGGCACUGAUGAAUAAACCCCUUGGAGAAUUCAUCUGUCAGUUGUGCAAAGAACAAUAUUCGGACCCGUUCGCUCUUGCUCAGCACAAGUGCUCUAGGAUCGUUCGCGUGGAGUACCGCUGCCACGAGUGUGAUAAAGUCUUCAGCUGCCCAGCUAACCUGGCCUCUCACCGGCGCUGGCACAAACCUCGAACUGAUCCAAAUCCCCAGAGGGACAACCAGAAUUGCUUGGUGCCAGGCAGCAAGGAGAACUCGGGGGAGGACGGCAACAGCUCCGGCACCAUGGACAGCGCCAAGGAGCCAGGCUGUUCGCGAGCUGGUGCAGCCCAGCGGCUGGACGGCCGCUUCCAAUGUCGCUACUGCGGCAAGAGAUUCCGUCGACAGGCUUACCUGAGAAAGCACCUAAGCGCCCACGAGGCGGCUGGGUCGAGCGUCCACAGCCACCUUCGGGCGGCCCGGAUGUCUUUCCCUUGUCAGCUGUGCGGGUCGGACGUGCAGACGGCCGAGAGCCGUGACAAGCACCUGCUCUGGCAUGCAGUCAGCGGCGCAGGACCGGCGCUUUUCGGGCCGGACUGUGGUGAGAAAUGCGCCGCUCCCGACGAGCACCCUAACAAGAGCGACCUGGGAGCCCUGCCCUUCUGUUGCAAACUCUGCUCAUCGACUUUCUUCAGCUCGCCCGGACUCACUAGGCACAUCAACAAGUGCCACCCGUCAGAGAAUAGACAGGUGCUGCUCCUGCCUCUGCCGGCUUCGGUGGGCUGUUAG